AUGGCAUUGUUUCGCAAACUGUUCUACAGGAAGCCGCCUGAGGGCUUGCUUGAGAUCUGUGAGCGGGUCUACGUCUUCGAUUGUUGUUUUACAAUGGAUUCAUGGCAAGACAAAGACUACAAAGGGUACAUAUGUGGAAUAGUUGGCCAGCUUAAAGACCACUUCCCUGAUGCAUCAUACCUAGCAUUCAAUUUCCGUGAAGGAGAGACACAAAGUCAGAUUGCUGAUGUGUUGUCUGAAUACGACAUGACUAUCAUGGAGUAUCCUCGGCACUACGAAGGCUGCCCUUUGCUCACAAUGGAAGUCGUUCACCAUUUCUUGAGAUCAGGGGAAAGUUGGCUUUCGCUCGGACAGCAAAAUUUGCUGCUGAUGCACUGUGAAAGAGGUGGUUGGCCGAUUCUCGCCUUUAUGCUGGCAGCACUGUUGAUAUAUAGAAAGCAAUACAGUGGAGAGCAGAAGACAUUGGACAUGAUCUAUAGACAAGCUCCCCGUGAGCUUUUGCAGUUCUUGUGUCCUCUAAACCCUAUUCCUUCUCAGCUGAGAUAUUUACAGUAUGUUUCAAGAAGAAACGUGGCUACAGAGUGGCCACCAUUGGAUAGAGCUCUCAACUUGGACUGUGUCAUCAUGAGAUUCAUCCCAAAUUUUGAUAGAGAGGGUGGUUGUCGUCCUGUGUUCCGUAUAUAUGGACAGGAUCCCUUUCUUGCUUCAGAUAGAACUCCUAAGUUCUUGUACUCCACUCCUAAGAAGAACAACACUUUCCGGGCUUAUAAGCAGGCAGAAUGUCAGCUAGUUAAAAUUGAUAUCCAUUGCGCAAUCCAAGGUGAUGUUGUGAUGGAGUGUGUCAGCAUACGUGACGAAAUGGAGAGCGAAGAAAUGAUGUUUCGAGUAGUUUUUAAUACGGCUUUCAUCAGGUCAAACAUCUUGAUACUCAACCGUGAUGAAAUCGACAUAUUGUGGGAUGCUAAAGAUCUAUUUCCAAAGGACUUCAGAGCUGAGAUUAUUUUCUCAGAGGUUGAUGCCCAUGCUUCUGUUAUCUCUAUGGAUUUCUCUGGCCUUGAGGAGAAGGAUGGCCUUCCAGUUGAAGCUUUUGCCAAAGUUCAUGAGAUAUUCAGCAGUGUUGACUGGUCAUCACCACAUGCAGAUGUAGCAUUUAACAUGCUCCAGCAAAUGCAUGACAUGGAUUUGGGACACAGUGCAGAACAAAGUCCUCAGAGUCGGGAAAGCAGUCCAGGAAUGCAUCAUGACAGAAGGAAGAGAGAACGGUUGACGAGGAACUCACUACUCUCAUGGGAAAAUGCUGAAGGUCUCGUCUCGCCAGAGUUAUCUCCACAUACAAAAAGUUCCCCGGAUGAGCAGCAAAAUCUUGAGACUGAUAAAGAGGCACCACCGACGACUCCUUUGGAUCUCACCAUUAAAGAUUUGUUACGUGACAAUGCCUCACUUGAGAAUGCCGAGAUCUCACUGCAAAGGAUGCUGAAGAACUCGCUAGCGCAAAAUUUGGACCAUUUGAACUCACCAAAUUCAGUUUCACCUACUCGAUCGGUUGAAGCUGAACAUAAUGUUUCCAGUCAGAUGCCUCAACCAGCAACCAGCAGUGGCAUUUGCAGCGCCGAGACCAGAAGUGCUUCUGAUUCAUCAUCAAGUACUCAACUACAACCUGCCAUCUCUUCUGCAGCUGAGAAGCUCCUUCUGUGUGCACAGUCAUCAGCAAACCACCAUACUGCUCCUCCCAAGGCUCUCUUGACUUCACUACUCCCUUCUGCUUCACCACCACCACCGCCACCACCACCUCCAUCAACUUCUGCUUUGGAAGAGAAUGUUGUUAAAGCUAAACCUCCUCCCCCACCAUCACCACCACCACCUCCUCCUCCAUCAACUUCUGCUUUGGAGAAGAAUUCUGUUAAAGCUAAACCUCCACCACCACCUCCUCCAUGUCCAGAGAAAGCUACAAGUCCUUCAACGGCAUCACCUCCGCGACCUUUACCUUCUUCUGCACUCCCUGCUCCACCCCCUCCUCCGCCACCGCCUCCUCCUCCUCCUGUACCGUCUGUGUCUUCAUCUACCCCUCCUCCUCCCACCUCCAGGCACCAAUAUGCUCCUCCUCCACCACCUCCUCCUCCUGGUGCUGCUAGACAUACUUCUUCUGCACCACCGCCACCACCACUUCCUCAUUCUUUAGCACCUCCUGCUCCUCCUCCCCCUCCUCGUUCUUCUGCAACUGCUCCAUCUGCACCGGCGCCGCCACCUCCUCCGCCUUUGGCUAAUGGUACUUCAAGAGCAGGUAGUGGUGGCGAUGCCUUGUCUGGACCUCCAUCAACUGUGCCGCCAUCUCCUGCUCCGCCAAUGAGUGCUGGCCUGGGGGGAAAGGGACGGUUGUCCCGCACCAUAAAGAACAAUCAGAAAAAGUUGAAGCCUUUGCAUUGGUUGAAGUUAACAAGAGCUGUGCAAGGAAGCUUGUGGGCUGAGGCACAAAAAUCAGGAGAAGCCUCCAAAGCUCCAGAGAUUGAUAUGUCAGAACUUGAGAGUCUUUUUGCCGCAGCAGCACCAAAUCCAGAUCGAGGGGGGAAAUCGAUGGCACGUAGCUCUCGUGGGCCUAAGACUGAGAUAGUGCAGCUGAUUGACCACAGACGAGCCUACAACUGUGAAAUCAUGCUUUCGAAGGUUAAGGUUCCACUGAAUGAAUUGACGGGUUAUGUUUUAGCUCUGGAGGAUUCCGCAUUAGAUGUAGAUCAAGUAGAAAAUCUGAUCAAGUUUUGUCCAACAAAAGAGGAAAUGGAACUCCUUAAGGGCUACACUGGAGACAAGGAAAAGUUGGGAAAGUGUGAACAGUUCUUCUUAGAGUUAAUGAAAGUUCCAAGAGUAGAAGCUAAGCUCAGAGUUUUUGCUUUUAAGAUGCAGUUCCGUUCUCAGGUCUCUGACCUCAGGAAUAGCCUAAAUACAGUGAACUCUGCCGCAGAACAGAUCAGGAAUUCUGCCAAAUUAAAGAGAAUCAUGCAGACUAUUCUCUCAUUGGGUAAUGCUUUGAACCAAGGAACUGCUAGGGGUGCUGCUAUUGGAUUUAGGUUGGACAGCCUACUUAAACUGACCGAUACCCGGGCAAGGAACAACAAAAUGACUCUCAUGCACUAUCUUUGCAAGGUUCUUGCUGACAAGUUACCGGAUCUUCUUGACUUCUCCAAAGACCUGCCCAGUUUGGAACCUGCGUCCAAGGUACAAUUGAAGUUCUUAGCAGAAGAAAUGCAAGCGAUAAGCAAAGGACUUGAAAAGGUCAUGCAAGAGCUAUCUUCCUCGGAGAAUGAUGGUUUUGUUUCUGAGAAUUUUUGUAAGACGCUUAAAGAGUUCCUCCGAUUUGCUGAAGCUGAAGUGAGGUCACUGGCUUCGUUGUACUCUGGAGUGGGAAGAAAUGUGGAUGCAUUGAUUCUUUACUUUGGAGAAGAUCCAGCCCGUUGCCCAUUCGAACAAGUUUGUUCGACUCUGGUCAACUUCGUGAGACUAUUCAACAAAGCUCAUGACGAGAACUGCAAGCAGCUUGAAAUUGACAUGAAGAAAGCAGCAGAGUCCGAAAAGAACCAAGUAGCUGUAGAUCCAUCCCAGACCAACUCGUUGCUGCAAACUGCAGUCCAGGCCAGGAGUGUCAAAUGA